GGAGGGCAGGACUCACUCCAUGGACCCCUUGCGAUUUUUGUCAGUAGCAGAAAGACCUCUCAAUGCAAGGCUCUGAGGGCAAGGCCUGCGACCCACCCUCAGAUGGCAGUCCUCAUUCCCUCCCGGUGUCCCUAAAAGCUGACAGCCAUGCCCUAUUCUCUGCCAUGGCUGGGGAACAGGAGGCUGGUUCUGUGCCAGAGUUGGAAGACACACACAGCAGCACUGAGGAUCUUCUCUCAAUAGACAUGGCUCUCCAGGGCACAGAAUACUACAGGGACCUGGGCUAUGUUCCACCUGUGGAGAUGACAUCAUGCAUCCCUCCGGCCUCCUGGUCACAGGAGAAGCCAUCAGGGGAACUUGUAGCCCCGCAGCUCCAGGAAUCUGGCUACUUCCUUCAGAGCCCCAAUGGCCUCAGUCCUGGGGACCGAGGAGCCGAGCCCUUUCCCAUAUUGGUCCAUUCAAUGACCACAUCUCGGAGACACAGCUGGGAGAGGCCUCUGUCUCCCUUAGAUAUGGAAAGGAGACUCAGCCUUGACACCUCAGACCUGGGCAGUGACGAGGAGCGAAGUCUGCCCAGAACAUUUGCCAGCCAGUCCUUGAAUAUGCCUGGAGGGGGCCUGCAGGCUUGGGCAGAGAGGACAGGUCACCGAGCAACCUUCAGGGGAAGAGCCUCACCUGAGCUGCCCUACCUGGCUGUGGAAGAGCCAAGGGAUGACCCAAUGAGAUGGCAGGAAUUCAACAGUUCUUGGAAGAGGCUCAGGUCAAGGUCUGUUCCCCAAACUGGUGAUAUGGUUUCUCCCUCAAGAAUCACUCAGAACCUGGAGGUUUCCAUUCCAGCUGCCCAAGGUAUCGAACCCCCUAUGCUGGAAAGAGCAGAAAAAGACCACGUGUCCCCUGAUCAUGUCUUGAUUGUCCAGCAAGUCCUCCACGAGCUCAAGCAGUAUCACGGGGCGAAGCAAAGGGCUCACUUAGGGGAUGACCCCGGGGAUUCCCAGCAGAACUUAACUUGGUUUGAGUUCCUGUCCAGUGAGAAGGAAGAUGAUGGGAAGAGUGAAAAGAACGAAAAGGGAACCAAGGUGAAGCGAAGACUGAGCUCCCUGAGAAGCCGAGUGACUGGCUGCCGGCAGAAGGACAAGGGUAAGAAUAAAGAACAACAGAAAGAGAUAGAGCCGAGGGAAAAGUGGAAAAGCAUAAAUGGUCACCAGUUAGUGCCAGGGACUUUCUCCAGCUGCAUCAACUGCUCCCUGUGUGGCAAACCCCUGCUCAGUCGGAAUGGGCUGCAAUGCUUGAACUGUGCAGUGAAUGUUCAUAAGAAUUGUAAGAAUUUACUGGCCGACUGCAGUAAUAGCAAUAAACUCAAGAAAGAUUUCCAGCACAAACCUCCAGGAUCUUCACAAAAUUUGACACAAAGUUCAGCCCAGAGUCUUUAUCAAGCAGCCUCUUUGAAAGAGCAGCCUCGUAGCACCCUCUUGGGAUCUAAUGGCACCCCAGUUCUGCCUAGGAAUGUCGGAAUGACUAUCUCGACCAGGGCAAGUCUUCAGGCGGCAAUGAACACGGCUGGAACUCUGAAUAGAUUUGGACCAGGUACAGGAGAGAUGGAUGAAGGUGAUUCUGGAUUUUCAAAAUUUAAGCCGGCGACAGAUGAUUCUCUUUCACUUGCAUCAUCAACUGCUGAAUCUAUUUUCGUAGAAGAUUCCUACUCUGCCUCGCUAAGAAGUGAGAUAGAAGCUGAUGCCCAGGAAUUUGAGGCUGAGUCCUGGAGUCUUUCUGUAGAACUACCAUAUGCAAAGAAACAAAAAAAGGAAGUACUGAAAAGGCAAGACGUCAUCUAUGAGUUAAUGCAGACAGAAAUGCAUCACGUCCGAACCCUCAAGAUAAUGUUGAAAGUCUAUUCCAAAGCACUGAAGGAAGAGAUGCAGUUCAGUAGCAGAGUCAUCAACCGCAUCUUCCCGUGUGUGGAUGACUUGCUGGAGAUGCAUGGGCAGUUCUUGUACCGCUUAAAGGAGCGGCGCAGAGAAUCUUUGGCUGAAGGGAGCGAUCAGAAUUAUGUGAUCCAGAAAAUUGGAGACCUCUUGGUACAACAGUUUUCAGGUGAAAAUGGGGAAAGAAUGAAAGAAAAAUAUGGUAUCUUUUGUUCUGGUCACAACGAAGCUGUCAGUCACUACAAGGAACUGCUCCAGCAAAACAAGAAAUUCCAAAACAUGAUAAAGAAAAUUGGCAACUUCUCCAUUGUGAGACGGCUUGGCGUUCAGGAAUGCAUUCUCCUCGUCACUCAGCGCAUUACCAAAUACCCUGUGCUGGUGGAGCGCAUUAUUCAGAAUACUGAAGCUGGUACUGAAGAUUAUGAAGACUUGAACCAGGCCCUUGUCCUAAUAAAAGACAUCAUCACACAAGUGGAUGCCAAAGUGAACGAAUGUGAGAAGGGGCAGCGUCUCAAAGAGAUUGUUGGCAAGAUGGACCUCAAGUCGUCUGGCAAGCUCAAAAAUGGGCUGACCUUCCGGAAGGAGGAUAUGCUCCACAGGCAGCUCCACUUCAGUGGAAUGCUAUGCUGGAAAACUGCAUCAGGGCGUCUGAAAGAUGUUCUUGCUGUCCUGUUGACUGAUGUACUUUUGCUGCUACAAGAAAAGGACCAAAAAUAUGUCUUUGCAUCUGUGGACUCAAAGCCACCUGUUAUUUCAUUACAAAAGCUAAUUGUGAGGGAGGUAGCAAAUGAGGAGAAAGCAAUGUUUCUGAUCAGUGCCUCCCUGAAAGGACCAGAAAUGUAUGAAAUUUAUACCUGCUCUAAAGAAGAGAGAAAUUCAUGGAUGACCCAGAUCCGCAAUGCUGUGGAAAGUUGCCCUGAUGAGGAGGAAGAGCCGUUCAGUGAGGCUGAAGAAGAUAGAAAAAUGGCUGAAGCCCGAGCUGUAAAAUUAAAAGAAUUCCAAGAGCGUUUAAGCAAGAAAGAUGAGCUGAUUGCUCAAAGUCUCAGUGAGAAACAACAGAUUUAUUUGGAAAUGUCGGAGAUGAACAGCUUUGAAGAUCUUCCUCCUGGCUCCCAGUCCAGGUUCUUUUUCCGAGGAGGGGAACCCUCAGAGAUCCUGCAAGGUGAUAUGAUUCUGAAGUCGGCAAUAUCUGAAGUUGAGAAUAUCCAGAACCUGAUCUACAAGCAGCUGGGGAGCAUCAGCUGUCGAAGUGAAGAUGGCAGUGCUGGGGAGGAUCUCCCAUUACCCAGGAGAGCAGAGACCUUUGGAGGCUAUGACAAUAACACAAACCCAGAUAAAAAUGCUAGUUUUAAGAAAAAGGUCUGCAAUAGUGAUGCCUGGCUUAAAGACCGGAGAAAUCCUUUUACCAGCUCAGACUCACAGCUUGGUGACCUUUCAGGAGAUUCUGAAGAAGGAUCACAGACAACCGAGGUUACCCGAGUGGACUGGAACAACAGCGUGCCAGGCAUAAUGGAGCCUGAGCUUAUACAGAGAAUACAGACACUAUCUCAGUUGCUUCUCAGCCUUCAGGCAGUGGUCACCCAACAGGACAGCUACAUUGAAAUGCAGAAGGCCAUGAUCCUGGACCGAGAAAAACAAUACAGAUUGCAGUCAACACGUGGAAACUUCUUGUUAGAACAGGAGAAACAACGGAACUUUGAGAAGCAGAGAGAAGAGCUGGCCAAUGUACAGAAACUCCAGAACCAGCUUAAGCAGGAACAGCAGCGCUGGGAGCGAGAGCGUACCCGGCAGCAGAAAGAGCUGGAACACACAGAGGCCCGGCUGCGGGAGCGUGAGAAUGAGUCCCAGCAGCUUCGGGAGCGACUGACCCAGGACAAAGAGGAGCUGGAUCGGCAGCGGGAGGCCUAUCAGCACGACCUGGAGAGGCUCCGUGAGUCCCAACGAGCUGUGGAGAAGGAAAAGGAGCGGAUCGAACUUCUAAAAAAAUGGAAGAAACAGAACACUCUGCCUGGCCCGAUAACUGCUGAAGGGGCAGAGGGCCACACUCUGAGUGCCUCCUCUAGUUUCAAUGGCGAAGGCCUCGAGGGGUCUGUGCAGCUGGCCAAGUCCUUAGGGAGGACCAGCACCCUAUUGUCCACCUCUGAUUACCCGGAGCGUCCAGAGGUGGCUCGUCGAGACAGUACGACGGCAGAGGGCCGCCUGGUGAAGAGCGAUGUUCCUAUCCAGCUCCUGAGUGCCACCAACCAGAUCCAGAAGCAAGCUGCCGUCCAACAGCAGAUCCCCACCAAGUUGGCUGUGCUCACCAAGGAAAAGGGAGGGAAAAGCAAAGCUUCCCAGCGGUCUGACAGCUCCACCUCCUUUGACCUAAAGCAGCAGCUGAUGCUCAACAAGUUUAUGGGCAAAGAAGAAAACACUAUAAAAACCCGCCAGUCCCCGAGUCCUGUUCUGACCAGCCAGAAUAUUAUUGUACAUCAGGAGUCCUGUAUCCCAGUGGACAUUGCACCCUUGGAGAUCUCUCCUCUCAGCCCAGUAAAUGCGUUCAGGCCAAACAGUACUCCCAUGCUCUCCCCCCCAGCCCACCCACCCACGCGGCUCACCUCUGACGACGACACCAGCAGGGAAGAUGUGAUCUUUUUCUAAACCGCUGUAGUGUAAGGUGCACCUGGCGCCAUCCUCUUGGAGGGGAUCUCCAUGAGACUCCAGGGCAACAGAGACACCCAGUGCUGACUGGCAUCUCCCAUCUUCUGCUUCAGAUGAAGCCAGGUUUUCUUUCAUACAGUCAGUGUUCACGUGGGAGCUCCAGAGGGGUCAUUGUGAUGGCGUUGGCAUGUGCUUUUCUCUUUUUCAGGCAUAACCACUAUGGACUUGAACAUGGCCUAGGUAUAUCAAUUCCAAAUCUAUUGAUAUGUUGCCAUCCACCAUAAUAUUGCUCUUUCUGAUGAAUUUGCAAUGAUUCUUUGGUUAAGUUUUUAAUCUCUUUUUUAGAAAAAGUUUUAAUUGGAAGUUGAACCAUAAAUGAAAUAAGGAGCUGUUCUAAAUAAUAGGAUCCCAUUUGGGUAAGAAAGAAAUCUAUUUUAAAUCUGUUUUUACAGAGCUGUGGCCAGUAGUUGCAAUUUCAGAAAGCAGUUAGGUGACAAGCCACCCAUUUUAGGGUCCUGGGAUUCUUGGCCCUAUGCAUGAGCAGGAAGGUGGACCUAGAGUAUAGGAGUGUAUCGAGGUCUUAAAACUAUGAACUUGGUUUCAAGGCCCCAGAGGCCAGCUUAGGGAACAUAUCCGUUGUGGGGGUGGUAAUCCUCGAAGCCUGCCUUCUUGGCUGUCCCUGUUUGGCAGGCCGUCAGUACUGUCCAUCUUCAGAAAAGGCGCCUUAAGCUCAUCUACACUUCAGAGGCUUUGCUGGGUGUGGUACAGAUUCCCAAAGCAAAUCAUAUGUUGGUUCAUAGUGAACCCAAGAUUGGGAUAUUUUCCUGAUCAUUGAUGAAGAUGCUAAAUCUAAAAAAUUUUAGCAAGGUUGAGAGUGCAAUAGGUUACUGUCUUGUAGAAUGCUUUGUCUUCUAGAUUGUUACAGUGGGUGCCCUGCUAGCAGAGGCCUCAUCCCACAGGCAGGAUGGUGAGCUGCUGGUAUCUCCACCGAUCAACAGCUGGCUGGAGGGCAGCAGCUUAACAGGAACGAAGGGUACGUGGGCCCACGUAACAAAAUGGAGUUUCUGUUGGCAAACUGUUGGAUUAUUACUUUGAAAUCUCCUCAUUCUGGAAUUAAUAUAGUGAAGAAAAUGAACUCGACUGUCCAGGCAGCAUUGCGAGGUGAUGACAGCUUGUUGCCUGGUUCAGUGUUUAGGCCCAGGCCUGGGGGCUUGCAGCCCUGCUGAUUAUCACAGACCCUACUGGAGAGAAACAGCAUUUCUCUAAAGCAGAUGAGUACUUUGGGGUUUACCUAAGGUGGCCAGAGCUUGAUGUUGAAUGUGGAUAGCAGAAGCUGCAGGCCCCACAGGGUUGCACGGAGCCUUCAGGUAUCAUUUCCACACAGCAGUCUGGGAAAACUCCAUGUUUUCAGGCCACAAAGCUGCUUAGUGACAGCAACCUGUUCUCCUUUGUGUACUCCGCUCUCUCCCAUCACCCCCACGAAAGCAGAGUAGAUAGGUUAUACACUGGGCUGGUUGCCCUCAGGAAAUGACCAAGCUGCUUCUGAAAUGGGCCCAGAAGCAUUUUUUUAAAAAAGUAUUCGUCUUAGAAUGUCAUCAUGGAAAUGGAGUGUUUAGUAACUGCUGAACAAAGUGGUGGCGAGCAAAGAAGCAUUUUGUGCUGAUUUUCAGAUCUGUUAGUUUAGGUAUUUGGAAUAAAAUACGUGUCUCUGUCCAGAAAAGGGGACAGCAGAUUAUUUGAAGUUUCCCAUAGAAUCAUCUGCAGUAGUCAGGUCCCAGAAAAAAGCAGGGUUGGUGAAUACAAAAGAGAUUCUCUUAGAAAAGGGAUUUGCUGGUGUAAAGUUUCCCCCCUUUCUCCCCUCCAUAUGAGGGUAGUUGCAUAGUUUUAGAACUAGAAGUCAUCUAGGCCAAUAAUUUCACCAACGAGGAAACUGAGGCCAACACCGGGAGUAAGUAGCAGAGUAGAUUUGAACCCAGGUUCUCUGACUCUAAAUCUGGCUCGAAGCAGUGUCACAGAAAUGAAACUUUGUCUAUGGUUCUAUCGGACACUUGGGGAAAACAUACCCUUAAAAUCAUAAUGCUGGGGAGGUGUCUAGACAUCAUUUCCAUCUGCUUCGAUCUACAACCUUGUCGCAGUUUUGGCCCAAACUCUGGACUUGCAGACUCUGCUGGGCUGGUGGUUGGGGGAUUUGGACUGUAACCCAAGCAAGAUACCCAGAGAAGGAUCCCUAGUAAUUCCUUGUAAUUGUCAACCUACGAUAAAAGCUUUAGGCCUAAUUGCAGGAGUUUAAUUCAUCAGAGGAGGGAUUGUGCUGGGAGCCAGUGGAGAGGUGUGUCCAUGAAGUCUGUGAGCUGCUCAGCUGCCCGGUGCAGGGCAUGGAGAAUUGCAGGGAAAUCUAUCCCCAAACAUGUAUAUAUGGGUUCUAAAAUGUAUUUGUCAAUGGAGCCUGGAAGAAAUCUUUCAGUUCUUUACAUCAAAAUCAGACUCAAAAGUUGUUGCAAAGCCAGGCAGGCAAGAUAGUAGGAAAUGAAGAAGGAGCCCCCUGUCCCUCUUGCCUAGAGCUCUGUAAAGAACCAGCAUGGGGCUCCUUCUAGUGCAGCCUCGUCUAGCCUGUCCAGGGAGCAUGUGGGGUCCUUGGCCUGCUUACCACAGCUGGGGCACAGCCAGUUGACUUUCUUUUUGUGAUCUUGGGAGCAGCAACCCACAAGUUUAGGUCCUUGGGAUUCUGCACAACACCCGAGAAAGGUGGGCCUGAGCUCUUGGUCAGAAGAAAGGGUGCCAGCCUUGAGAUAGCUUGUCUUUCCUAGAGAGUCCUGCACUGAGCUCUGGAGGGUGUCUGCCACCACAGCCCUGGAAUCAGACAGAGGCCUUUCUUUUUUCUUUUUCCACAUGUUCCCAGUUGUUUUGUGGCCAUGUUUUCCCCCCAUAAAGAUUGAUGGUUCUCAUGUUUUGGCUGCGUUCAUCAGAUGGCUGCGUUCACCAGAGUGCUGCAUUGUGUUAUGGGGUGUUCCCCAGAGCAGACCCCCAAGUUUCACCUGGGAGGUCAGGGCAGGCAAGUGUGCCAGAUUUUGCUGAAACCUUUUCCACAUGAAUUUGUAGAAGGGACCAAAAGCAGAAACCACCUUCCUUCUUACCUCCCCUCUAGUAAGGGGAACCUCCUUUCUGACACUUGGAACACUGUUUUGCUGUCUACCCAGAAAUGAGUUCCUAAGAUGUCGGAUCUUGUCUCUACCCAAUCUCUUCUCUCCCCCACCCCCACGGCCAUCCUCUCCUUCUUGAAGAAAGGGUUGUACAAUCAUGAGAUAUCAUUAAUUUAAAUUCCUGUUAAUGGUUGCAGGUCCCCCUGGACAAGUAACAUUCUGAGAGAAAAGUUGUGGUUUUUACCGUUUCAUAAACCUUUUUCAUCAGCAGUUCUCAUUGCCCUUUGAAAUAUAUGUACUACACAUUAAAUUUCAUUUGUGCCAUGUUUAUAAUCAGUGUUUUCUAUUUUUGUACUGAAGUAUUGGAGCACUUUAGAAAAGUUUACUUUAAAUUUGUUUGAUCUUGGAAGGAAAUCUUCUUGUCCAUAAUUCUGUUGCUGUGCUCACGUAAUAGUCCUUACUGAGCUGUGAUAGAGUUUGACACUGUUUAGUCUUAGGUCCAGUCCAGUGACUUUGUGAUCUAGUGAUCUCGUGAAUAAUCAGGGGAUUUCAAGCCAACCAUGUGGUAUAGGAAAAGACGGGGGUCUCCGUGGGUUGGGGAGCUUCCUCAGUUCUGCUGGAAGGCAAGGUUGUAAAUAGUUCUAUCCCCAUCACUUCCUGUUAGUAUCUAAUUUUAUUUGUAAAGUUGAUGGUUCGUGCACUUCGUUAAUUGUACUGUGAUCUUAGUUCACCCCUGGUUUGUUGUUUUUGUUUUUACAAUGAUUGUGCUGGCUCUUGACUGCACGAUUUCAGAACAGCCUUGGAACCCAAGUACUGAUUUCCAGCAAUAAAAAAAUUUUCCUAAAACAA